AUGGCAAGGUGUGGAUUUUCGACGGAGCAGCUGCGUGGCCCCGGCAGUAUUGUGGCUUCCGAGGUAGAGGUGUCGCAGCUGGAGGAUCUGGCUGUUCCUUUCCGUAGCUUUGCCGAGAUGCGCGACAUCGCGGCCCAGCGUAUACGCCUUCAAGACCAAGCGGAUACGGUCUCCGCACAGGCAGUCCAUCCCCCUUCUGUUGAGGUGCCCACGCUUGCCGUGGACCGCGUCAACUCCAACGGUCGUGAUGGUAGUAUCGUGGCGUCGCCCGGAAUUGGUAAUUUAAAACCGCCCAACCUGACCAGUCUGGACAAACACCACUUGCGCAGCCCAAACCUAAGCCUAGACCAUAAUGGGUGA